GUCGACAACAUUCAUUCAUACACAACUUACUAAUUACACACAACCAUGGUCGUCCGCAUGCGUCUUGCCCGUUUCGGUCGUCGAAAUCUUCCAUACUACCACAUUGUUGUCGCCAAUGCUCGGACAGCACGUAACAGCAAGCCCAUUGAAAAAGUGGGCACUUACAAUCCGAUUCCCGACGAAGCAGGCAACAAACUUGUCAAUCUCAACUUCGACCGUGUAAAGUACUGGCUGACCGUUGGUGCUCAACCUAGCGAGACCGUCGAAAAGCUACUUGUCAAGGCAAACCUUGCACCGCAAGCACCGAAGCCUUGGAUGAAAGAAGCUGCCAAACGGUUUGAAUCAUCCUCCUCGUCCUCACCACAAUAAGAACAUACACUGCAUUCAUUCACACACACAACAUUGUACAUCUUUUUUUUUUAUCCAAAGUGAAAGGGUGAAAAAAAAAAGUAUCCAUCGCACUCACCUCUCUCUAUUCACCGUGUACACGACAACCUCGCGCCUCUUCAGAACCACAACAUCACACAAUUUGCUUUUGUAAAGUCUCAAAAUGUAUAGAAAUUCCAUAAUAAAACGGAUUCACCAAACAACAAACUAUUGUGUACUUGCCAUUUAUGUCUAUUCCGAUAAAAUACAGCAGUUGUACGUCUGUACGCGCAUGCGCGGAUUUAUUGAAUAUAAUGCAUAGGGUAAGAGGGAUAGUAGGACACGUUACGGAAGCGGGAGGCGGAAAACGAAGUGCGUUAAGUCUGUAUAAAUAGAGGGAGUAAUUCAACAAUUACGCGAGGC